AUGAACAUAAACAUUGGCGCGGUUUCGUUUCUUUCUUUAUUCAGCGAGUUUUCCACUUCGGCGUCACUUGCUCAGUCACGCACUCAUUCAUUCAUAGGGUCAUAUAUUCAUUCUUUCAUUCAUUCACUCGUUUAUUCACUCACUCAUCCAUUCAUUCACACAUUUAUUCACUCAUACAUUAAUUCACUCAUUCAUUCACUGAUUCAUUCAUUCAUUCACGCACUCAUUCAUUCAUUGACUCAUUCAUUCAUUCAUUCAUUCACUCAUUCAUUCAUUCAUUCACUCACUCAUUCAUUCAUUCACUCAUUAAUUCACUCAUUCAUUCAUUCACUUAUUCAUUCACUCAUUCAUUCAUUUAUUCACUCAUUCAUUCAUUCACUCACUCAUUCAUUCAUUCUCUCACUCAUUCAUUUAUUCACUCGAUCAUUCAUUCACUCAUUCAUUCAUUCACUCACUCAUUCAUUCAUUCAUUCACUCAUUCAUUUCUUCUAUCGCAUAUUCUUCUUUCUUUUCUUUAUCCUUUUUAUUCAUUCAUUCACUCAUUCAUUCAUUCUCUUACUCAUUCAUUCAUUCACUCAUUCAUUCAUUCACUCAUUCAUUUCUUUUAUCGCAUAUCCAUUUUUUUCCUUUAUCCUUUGUUUUUUGUUUCUUCUUUCCUGUUUUCUAAUUUUAAUUAUCUUCAUCCAUCCAUUUUCUUUCUACCAUUUCUUUGUUUCUUUUUUCAUAGUAGGUAAUUUCAUUCUCUUUCUCAAUUUAUUUACCUUGCCACGUUUUUCACUUUUUUCCUUUCUUUCCUUCUACAUACUUUUUUGUUUUCUUUAUUUCAUUCGUCAUAUUUUCUUUCUUUCCUUCUUUUUUUUUCAUUCACUAUUUCUGGCAUUUUAUUCUUUCUUUUGCAAUUUUACUUUCGCUCAAUUUUCUAUUUUUCGUCUUUUUUUUUUUUCGUUUACUCAAUAUUUUCAUUCACACUCUGUUCUUCCUUUCGCUAUAUAUUUCAUUCUUUCUUUCUUUCACCCUCUAUUAUCUAUUUCUUGCUUUUGUUCCUUUACUUGUUUUGCAUCUUCUUUACUUUCAAUAAUCUUAUAUUUUAUUCUUUCAUAUUUUAUCUUUCUUUCUUUCUCUCUUUCACUCACUAUUUUUAUUUUGCUCUCUAUUCUUUCAAUCUUUCGUUUGCAUCGCCCAUUCCUUAAAUUUCUCCCAUUUUAUACUUUCAUUCGUUCUUUCUUCAUUUAUUUUUUCUUUCUUUCGUUCUUCAAAUCCUCUCGUUUAAGCUGUCAUCCGAGCUGUUGUUUGAGCUGUCUUCUUAUUUUAUCUGAAUUAUCAGACGCCUUUUUCUCUUCGUUUUUUAAUAAGCGAAAACUUCUUCUUCUUCAUUCUCCUCCUUCUUCUUUUUCUUCUUCUCCUUCAUUGAUUUUCUACGAGAACUUCUUCUUCAUUCUCCUUCUUCUUCUUUUUUCUUCUUCUCCUUCUUUGAUUUUCUCGCUUCUUAUUUUAUCUGAAUUAUCAGACGACUUUUUCUCUUCACAUCGAGACAUUUUUAACUCUCUCUCUCUCUCUUUAUCUCUCUCCCUCUAUCUAUCUAUCUAUCUAUCUAUCUAUCUCUUCCCUUGUCUCCCUACCUAUUUAUCUAUCUCUACCUUUCUCUCUAUAUACGUCUCUUUUAGGGUAGGUCCGUAA